GUCCUACCAACAUGUUUCUCACUCAGUGAACAGACUGACUGACUUGGCGAUAUGUGUGUAUAAAAGUGCGCCGUGUUAGUUUAUACUCAUAUAAUGUAGCUGCAUGAAAAGUUUCCAGUUUAUAAAAGUGGUAACAGAAAAAAGACAACAAAAAAAAAAUGUGGCGACUAAAAACAGUGCGACACAAAUCCAGUGUCUCUCUUAAAGAUGUGGAGGAACUGAGAGAGAGGAGAAGAGAACAUGAAAAAGUCUUGAGACAGGCCAGGAGAGACAGACAGCUGGUCAGUAAGAGGCUUCUGCUAAAUGAAGAAGAACAGGAGGGAGAGCUGAUGCAGACAAACUCGGCCCCUCUUUCCCAAGAUCAGAUUCGGCAGAUGGUACACAAUGUGCAGCAUGGUGGAGAAGAGAAAGCUACUCAUCUGGCAGUGCUGAGAAAGGCAUUAAGAGACCCUCAAACUCACCUCAUCUUCACUAAACUAGAGAACAGCAUGUAUGUGCUAGUUGGACAACUCAGUGGACACAAUGCUCAGUGCCAGCUGGAGGCAGCUCGGUGUCUUCAUGAGCUCUCCAACUCUCCUCACCCUGGGGUGGGUCAGUCGUGCUUGUCUGCAACCCCCUAUCUACUCACAUAUCUCUCCAGCCCGAGUGCCAAGCUGACGGAGCUUUGUCUGUACACAUUAGGAAAUCUUUGGCCAGAGAAUACUAUAGUAAAAGAGAAGCUGCUGGUCCAGGGGAUUGUGCCUGCUCUGGCUAACUGCAUUCAGGUUCAGAGAUGCAACCUGGCGGUGAUUGAGGCAGUGGGCUUUACGUUAUCACAACUGCUUCAGGAUAAAGAUACCCCGGACACAGUCAUUCUGGCUGUCAUGAACUCUGGUUUGCUCCCUCAUUUGAUUUCGCUUCUGGCUCCAGAUCCGGCGUUUGGUAUUGGAGCUGCCGUUGAAUGUGCCUGGUGUUUACAUUAUAUAGUAUCACGUACUGCUGAUAUCUCCACCUUACUAACAGAUGGACUCCUCUUGCAGUGCAGUAACCUGCUAAUAACUCUAGGAGGGGCUGUAGCUAAAGGAUGCACUGAUGACGGGGUAGAAUUGCUGAUCUGGCCCCUGCUGCGCUGCAUGGGUAAUAUGUUGGCCAGCGGGGUGUGUGAGGCUGCAGGAUGCUCAGCGGGCGUAGAGGAUGUCCGUCUCUUAGCUGCUCUGUGUGUGUUCAGUCAGACUUACCUAACCUCCCACUGCGCUUUGAGCAGGGAGAGCCUGUGGGUCCUCAACAACCUCACAGCUGGUUCCCCUGUGUUUGGUUCAGCUGUGCUGUCCUUAAACAUAGUUCCUGUUCUUCUUCAGCUUUUAGCCUUUUCUAAUGGAAUCAAUACCAUGGUGCUAAGAAUUCUGGGUAAUGUUGCCCACAAUGGUCCAGGAUACUGUGUUCAGCUGAUGCGGGCAGGUCUGCUUCCUGUCCUUUGUACCACCCUCAAAAUGGCUAAUCUGGACACAGUAACACUGAGCUUGGAGGUGCUGCAUUUGCUUACUGCUAGUAGUCCACAGGCAACUGAAGAGUUUAUUAGGCUGGAUGGCAUUCCACUGUUGGAAGCAAUUCAGUAUAACAAUGAAGAAGAACAGCGUCUUAGGGCAUCUUACAUCAUAGACCAUUACCUGCGUGCUCACUAAAUAGUGAUAGCUGGGAUUUAUUACCAUGAUAAGGUCUGUUAGAUUACAGUAAGUGUGUGUACAUGAGAGAAAGACAUACGUUUAUGGAUGUACUGUAUAGAGAUGUGUUGAUUGUCUGUUGUUUAUAAGCCUUUUUUUUUUGACGGAAUAAUUUGUAAAACAAUAGUCUGUGAACUCUUUUAAAAAGGAUAUCCAGGCAGUAAACCGAGGUAGGCUCAUGGUAUAAUUUGUCAGGCUGUGUUAGCUGUCUCUGUACAGUAUAACGUUGUACCAACUGUUGUCCCCAGUGUUGGCCCAGUGUCAGUUUAAUGUCUCUUGGGUAAUGUCUUCACAGAUGCACUGUUGCAAGCUAGUAGUUGGGUCAGUCCCGUUCUGCAGCCUGGAGAUUUAUACCAAAGCAGAUGCCAAUGUUUAAUUUUAAUUUACUAUACAGGUCCAAACAGGACCUGCAUGCCUUAGAAUGUUAAAACUAGGACAAUCAUGUUUACAUUUGUACUGUUACAAAAAACGUAUUACAUUACUAAUGUUUAUUUUGUAUAUUGACUUUUUUUUAAAUAAAGGUUUUUCCGUUUGUUACCUGUAAAAUGUCUAAAACUCAAGGCACAAUGUAUGAAAUAAACACACUUGGAGGAGGGUUUUUCAAAUUAAUAUAUAUUUUUCA